AAGGAGCGAGUGAUAGAGCGCUUGACAUAGUUAGUGUUGCUAGCAUUCCUCAUUUCACACGCACCGACGACAAUUCAGUUGUGUUGAAAAUAAUCGCGGUUUAGGCGAAAUUAGUAUAAUUAUCAUUUGCUUAAGCACAUUCGGUCACUCACCGGAAUCUCUCUCUAUUAGAACGGCGACUGGGCACUUUCGAUUAGGAUUUUCCGUCAAGUAAACCCGGAAAAUUUCCCGAGAAAGUUACAAAAAACCCUUUUGCGUAGAAUAGAUACUCGAAUAAAUUAUAAAUGUGGAGGAGAUCAGCUUCUUUCAUUCUCGACAAUCAGCAGCGACGAAAAGACGUUGCUUCGUCAUCAAAGCCCGAAUCCAUUUCUCUUUCCCCUCCCCAAUUGUCUUCCAUGGCCGACGCCUUCCAAAACCCCAAUUCUUCAAACCCUAAGAACUCGGCCUACUACCAGACCAGGGCGGCCCACCACGGUGUCGUCACCAGCGACUGGCUGGCCCAGGCCCAGGCCGCCGUGGGCCGCCCCCCGGACGACCAGGCCUCGUCGGAGCCCGAGGUCCCCGCUGCCGCCGCUGCCGCCUCCGAGCCGGGAAGGCCGUUCUGCGUCAUCGACGAGUUCAACAACUGGCGGAAGCAGCCCGAUUUGGCCGAGGCCGUGGCGGCGAUUCGGGCCUUGGCCACCGUCAUCAGGUCCAGCGAAGCCACCACCAUGAUGGAGCUUGAAAUCGAGCUCAAGAAGGCCUCCGAUUCCCUCAAAUCAUGGGACACGACCUCUAUCUCUUUGACAGCAGGCUGUGAUCUUUUCACGAGAUAUGUGACUCGAACUUCAGCUCUAGAAUAUGAGGACUUUAAUUCAGCCAAGUCUCGAUUGAUUGAACGUGCAGAAAAGUUUGGGGAGAUAUCCUACAAGGCACGUAGAAUCAUUGCAAUGGUUAGUCAAGACUUUAUAUUUGACGGUUGUACCAUUUUGGUUCACGGUUUCUCAAGAGUGGUUUUAGAAGUUCUCAAGACUGCAGCACAGAGCAAGAAACUCUUUCGAGUUUUUUGCACAGAGGGUAGACCAGACAGAACAGGUUUACGGUUGUCAAAUGAGUUGGCCAAGCUUGAUGUUCCUGUAAAGCUUCUGAUUGACUCUGCAGUGGCGUAUACCAUGGAUGAGGUUGACAUGGUAUUUGUAGGGGCGGAUGGAGUGGUGGAAAGUGGAGGAAUAAUUAACAUGAUGGGAACAUACCAAAUUGCACUUGUGGCUCACAGCAUGAAUAAACCAGUUUAUGUGGCUGCCGAAAGCUACAAGUUUGCGCGUCUUUACCCCUUGGACCAGAAAGACAUGGCCCCAGCUUUACGCCCAAUUGAUUUCGGGGUACCCAUCCCAUCGAAGGUCGAGGUUGAAAGGUCUGCCCGGGAUUAUACCCCUCCCCAAUAUCUCACUCUACUCUUUACAGAUUUGGGUGUUCUUACUCCAUCAGUGGUCAGUGAUGAGCUCAUCCAGCUAUACUUGUAGACCUUCAUUGAUACACAAAUAUUUCGUGAAGAUUAUGCGUGGACGCUUCCCGUGAGAUGCUAUAAAUUUGAUUGGAAACACAUGAAUUUUGCAACCUGGAUCAAUUUUGGUGGAUGUUCUCAUGUAUUCUUGUUAGGGGUGGCAAUUCAUGUUACGUGUCGUGUUUUGAUCGUUUUUUUUUUUAAUUUGCAGUCAAUCUAAAUACGACAUGUGACACGAAAUUUUUUAAAAAUCACAAUACGAAUA